AUGUUCCCCUGGUGUUACUCCAAAACUGGGGUUAGCGGAGGUAAGAGAACCUCCAUCGCAAAGAUCUUCCUGGGGAUUUUCGUGGUCUACAUGCUGCAUACAGCAUGGGUGCUGUACGGCUUUCUGAAUACAAAACCGUGCGACAAGGGGAGAGGGGAGCAGUGCAUCACUUCCUACCUCGCAGAAAGACCCCGACUUCAGAUGAGUGUGUUCACGUGUCUGGUCCCAGAUGACAGCCAGCUCCACCUCAUUGUCAAAAUUGACCCAUUUGACCAACAUGCCACAUUUGAAAGGCAGGUGAAUGUUGAUCUCCCAGAGGAGACUCGUGCAAAUGGCAGUCUGUAUGCAGUGGUGUACGUCCACAAGGCCGGUGUUUCACCGCUGGAUGAUAACAGAGAGGUCCACUAUGCUGCUCAGCUCACCACCUAUGUCAACCCAAGGCACACCGAGGGACCAAAAGACAAGCAAAAGGAAUCCACAGCGAGACCAGAGGCUCGUAUCUCCCGUUGGAGACCACGCCUGUCAGUCACGAUGAUGUCGGAGGACUUCAUCUUCAACAGAGCAGGACUUCCUAGCGAUGUGAGGCGCUACAUGAGAAUCGCUCCGGAAGGCAGAAAGAUGGCGUACCUUCCUCUGCUGCUGGUUGAUGAGCUCAGCUUCAGAGUGAGAGACCUCAUGGAAAUCAAUAGUAGCACCUUUCAGCUCCCCCUGACUGUGUCCUAUGAGGGGAUCUCUCUCAGAAAGUUCAGGUUCUGGGUCCACCUGCAGGAUGUUGUUUACUCCCUACGACAGUUUGGCUUCACGGAGGAGAACAUCGAUGAAAUUAAAGAGGCACUGGUGGGGUCGAACCUCUACCUGCUGGUACUGACUGCACUUGUCACAGUCCUACAUCUCAUCUGUGAGUUCCUUGCCCUUAAAAAUGAUAUCAGCUUCUGGAGUAAAAAAAGGAGCAUGGUGGGAAUGUCCAGGAAGUCAGUUUUGUGGCGCUGUCUCAGCACACUGCUGAUAUUUCUCCAUCUACUAAAGGAGACCAGUCUGCUUGUGCUGGUUCCUGUUGGGCUGGGAGCCUGCACAGAGGUGUGGAAGGUGUUUAAGGUAUUUAAGAUCCAGAUUCAGUGGAAAAGCUCCAGGUCAAUCUUUCACGUUAAUAAACUGGAUGAUGCUGAAAGGAAGACGGUGGAAUAUGAUACACAGGCUUCCAGAUACCUGUCCUACUUGGUCUGUCCGCUGUGUAUCAGUGGAGGCUUAUUCUCCCUGGCCUACUUGCGCUACAAGAGUUACUAUUCCUGGUUAAUCAACAGUUUGGUGACUGGAGUCUAUGCCCUUGGCUUCCUGUCCAUGGCACCUCAGCUCUACAUAAACCACAAGUUGAAGUCUGUGGGACAUCUGCAGGGGACUGUGUUGAUGUACAGAGGAGUGAACACAUUCAUCACGGACUUGUGCUCCUGCGUCUCCUUUCUCUCCUCCUCCAGCUCCUUCUCCUCUUCCCAUCAGCUCUCCUGCUUCAGAGAUGAGCUCCUCUUCCUGCUCUAUCUCUACCAGUGCAGGCGCUAUGCCUCCAGGACAAGAGGAAGAGAUGCUGGAGCCCACAACAGGAAACUAAAGGCUCAGUGAGUGGCAGAUGGACCAGCGAGCGGCACUACAAACCUGGAUUGUCACAAGUGAAUACAUGAACAAGGAAACAUGCAUCUACUGCAUCUGUAUGAACAAGAAAUUUAGGGGGAUGCAUUAACCUCCAAACAGUGCAUGGAAGGGAGAGAGAGAGACAGAUAGAGAGGGUCAGAUGGACGACUGACAGAAGACCUUUUGCAUCUUUGGGGGUGGAACCGCAAAGGUUCAUAUGGGACUGACUGCUGAAGCUGUUGCCUGAGUUCGGGAAGAACACUUUGUUACAGUGGCUGGCCGCCGGUCCACGAAAUGCACCAAGCACAAUCCGUCACGGAGGAAGCGGGCCCUUAGAGCCGCUCUGCUUCUCACUCGUCCCGGCUGUACAGGCACGGCUGCUGCUUGGCGCUGAUGGAGCAUUCCCUCCACCACCACAGCUUCCACACAGACCUGCCCUCCUACCGUAUACUACCACACGGCGUCUGGUCAGUACUGCUGUUACACCACAAUGAGGAGAAUAGACCCGAUUUGCAAAGAGAAGGGAAUUAUUAUUGUUCAGAUGUUUCCGUUAUUUGAG